AUGGCGGAGGAAGAGAUCAACCUCCCUUCCCUGGUGAUUGUACUGUUGAUAACCGGUCUGGCAGUACGCUACUUCUUCUUUAGCGGGAAUGCAUCUUCGGCAAAUCGCCAGCCGGGCGGGACAGGUGGCGCAUCACCGGAGGAGUUGCAAAGACGGAGGGAGCGAGAACGGGAGGCGGCGGUUGAAACGAUACAGCAGAUGUUUCCGCAAGUAGACAGGCGGACUAUCCUGUGGGAUCUGCAGCGCCAUGGGGGGAACCUGCAGGCUACGACGGAAAGGAUCCUGGCGGGGAGAACGGAGACUCCUCCGAUCACCUUCCAACCUCCGCCCCCACCCACCUCACCAGAGACAACUGCCACGCAGCAAAGCGCAGCCGCCGCCAAUAAAUACGCGGAAAAGAAGGCCCACCCGGAUCUGAUUACGAGGUACAACUUGAAGGACAAACUCGCCAGCGCCCCUUCAGAUGAUGCUGGGGCGGCGACGGCAGGCGCCCCUAAGACUGGAGGAUGGAGCUCGAAUCGCGAGGAGAGGCAGUCGUUGCUGCAGAAGAGGAGGGAUCAGAUGAUUAUUGAGGCGAGAAGGAAAAUGGAGGCUAAGAUUGCGGCGGAGAAGGCUGCUGCUGCUGCUUCUGGCGCUGCCGGCGGGAAUAACUAG